AUGCGGCAGGCUGUAGUUUCCCAAUUGGGGUCGGAACUGGGGCCCUCUACUCCCGCAGCUCAGAGUCUCUACAGGGGUCGAGACGCCGGAGACUUGCACCACGAGAGUUUCUAUGAGAACUUCCUCUACGAGGACGAUGUUCUUUACGCCAUUGGCGCUACCGAAACCUUUGUCCAGAUUAUCGAACAACUGAUGAGCGAACCGCCCAGGCCCUUUACCGUAGCAAGGCCUCUGGACGCUCAUCGCAUAAGCCAACUCACAGGACACGAACCUGACUUGGGAGUUACCGAUGCCCUGGGCUUUGCCAACUUUACGGGACAGGUUCGGUAG